AUGGAAAAAUCGUCGUCUGGGAGGAAAGAAAUGAAGCGUUCCGUUUUUGUGGCGUCGGCCCUGGCCGCGCUUGUCCUGCCGUUUGCCGCCUCGGCUCAGACCGACUGGCCGCAGAAGCCGAUCUCGAUGGUCGUGCCCUAUCCGCCGGGCGGCGUGAACGACGCGGUGGCCCGCGUCUAUGCCGAGAAGCUCUCGACCGAGCUCGGCAAGCCGGUGAUCGUCGACAACCGGGCCGGCGCGGCCACCACCGUGGCGUCCAACUUCGUCGCCAAGGCGGCGCCCGACGGCUACACGAUCUACGCCGCCGGCACGUCGCUGGUGAUCAACCCGACGCUGACGGGGCAGGUCCAGUACGACCCCAACAAGAGCUUCGAGCUCGUGUCGCUGAUGUCGUUCACGCCCUUCAUCCUGCACGUGAACUCGGAGUUUCCCGCCAAGAACAUGGCCGAGCUGAUCGCCUAUGUGAAAGCCAACCCGGGCAAGUUCAACAUCGCGAGCUCGGGCAUCGGCGCGACCAACCAUCUCGCCGCCGAGCUCUGA